AUGAUCGCUAUUAUUUUCUGUCUAAUGUUAGCUGCUUAUACUAAUGCUCAAUUGCAAACAUUUAGUUCAACUACAUGUGGUUUGAGACCAUUAGUUCUCGGCAGAAUAGUGGGUGGUGUAUUAUCAAGAGCUGGCGAUUGUCUAGCACCUUCACAAUAUCGAGUUCAACUUGGUGUGCAUGAUCGUAUAGUGCCGGAAUUCUGGGCGAAAACGUUCAGUGUUAGACGAAUCAUUUCUCAUCCAUCAUACAAUAGUUACUUAGAACAAAACGAUAUUGCUUUGGUGGAAUUAACUACAUCGGCUGAGCCCUACAAUCAAUACAUAAUGCCUGUUUGUUUUCCAUCAAUAAAUCAAGAUUUCCAGCAAAAAACAUCUACCGCAUCAGGUUGGGGUGACCAAUUUUCUGGUGGUUCUCAUACGCGAUAUCAAUACGAAGUCGAAAUGCCAGUGUUAACUAAUACUGCAUGUAAAUCGAAAUAUGCUUUUAGCGGAUUAAAUCCAGCCACACAAAUUUGCGCUGGCCACAUCGGCGAAGGGAAAGACACAUGUCAAGGUGAUUCAGGCGGCCCAUUGGUUGUUAAAGAAAAUGAUAAAUGGUUUUUAGCUGGCAUUACAUCAUUCGGUUAUGGAUGCGAUGAUGGUGGAGUGUACACUAAAAGCUCCGCUUUCCGAACAUGGGUCACAGCUUACACUGGUGCACUUCCAGGAACAGCAAAUUAG